AUGGGAUUAACCGUGGUCGUUUUCCAAGCCCUCGUGGCUUUCGCCCUGGCAGGACCACUCGAACCUCGCCAGGGUAUUGAUACAUCGCUGGUCGAUGUCGUGCCCAGUCCAACGACGGUCUCCAUACCCAUUGGGCCAACUGCCGACACGACCAGUUACAACAUGACCGAGGCCACAAUCUCUGCUACCGAAAGCCCGCUACCUGUGAUGACCGAGCCAACCACCACCAGGGGUAUCGUGCCUCGUCAGACGGCAUGUCAACCCAAUCCUACCGGUGAUGGACCUGUGCCGACUCCGGACACUGCCUCUGCGUUCUUAUCUCUCGAAGCCUUUGGCACCAUUGCCAGCGCGGCUCCGAUCCCGUCUGGGUACAACGAGACAUUCGUGAACCUGCAGAACCGGAGCGAAGCGUACGGGUAUCUUGGCUUCAUCACGAUAGAUUCCUACGACUCAGCCGGCUGCGGCGUCCAGUGCGACACCGUCUUCAACGGCUGCCUGGGCUUCAACAUCUUUUUUGAACGGGAUCCCAUAGUCGCGCCAGCACCCGGCUGCGCGAACCCGCCUUCCACCACGAACAUCAAGUGCGUUUUCUGGGGCGGCGAUGUUACGGCGCUUUCGGCCACCAUCAAUGGGUCUACUCUGGUGCAAUUCCAAGUGGCAUACGCCGGCUCCAAUGGAUACACGCGGACGGCGGUGCCGGAUGUCCCUGGCUAUGACGGGGAGCCGACAGGGAACAAUACGGUAGAUGCACCGGACCCCGAUACCAAUAUCACGACAACUACCAUGAGCACAACCAGUACUAGUACUAGUUCUAGUUCUAGUAGUACUGCAAGUACCACCUCUGGGAGUACUACCACCACCACUGGUUCUACAAGUACUGGCUCUUCGAGUAUGACCACCACCACCACCACCAGCAGUUCCAUGACAUCUUCAAGUAGUAGUUCUUCGUCCACACCUACUUCCACCAGCACCCCUCCUCCCCCUCCCCCUCCAGGUGGACCACCCGGGGGUCCUAGAGGAGGUGGUAGAGGCGGCACUUACAUCGGAUCGAAGAUCUUCACAGGCGUGCCCUUCGAUCCCGCCCUAUGCGCCGCAGCCUGCGACGCACAGAACACCAACAACCUGUCCCGGCCGCCCCGCUUCGGGCGCCCGCAGAUCUGCCGCUUCUUCACGACCUACAUAAUAUACAGGGACGGCCAGCCCAUCGGGCAGUACUGCGCUCUGUAUACCACUUACUACUCCAGGUCGUUUGCCACAAACAGCGGCACGCAAAGUGGAGGCGUCGAUCUGAGGGUGCGCAACGCCUUCUCUUACAGAAACACCAGAGCGCCUCGCGAUUAG